UUUUGCUUUUCCGAAGACCAGCUCCGCCUUUUAUAAGAAUUGGAAACUUUUCUGAAAAAUGAAACAGAAACUUAAAAUUGCAGACGCUUCCAGAUGUUCAACAGCUUUUCGGGUGAUAAGGUGAUAACAUAAUUUACAAUGGCAAGCGAGAUGAACAAAAUACACAAGAUUUUAGAAAAUCACAAACUAGAAAAAUUCUAUAACAAAUUUCUUGAACUUGGGAUUGAGGAUGUGCAGGAUUUCAUUGAUGGUGUAACUGAUGAAGACCUGGAUAACAUGAAUUUUACCAGGGUUCAAAAGAACAGAUUUCAGAAUAUGAAAGACGAUAUUCAGAGACUUGGCACAUGUCCACUCUCAAAAGGAUUCUCAGUGACAAAAUCACUUGGGGAACAUUGCCUAUAUUAUUCAUUUCCAAAAGGUGCACGCAAAAAAAUAAUUGAUUUGGACCCAUCACAAAACACAGUGGAUGAUCUUAUUUUAAGGAUAAGCAUUUUAGAAAAUAUUAGUGAACAAAUGACUGUGUGUCUAUUCACUGCUGAUGGAAUGCCAUUGACAGAUGAUCCCUUUUUCAAUACAUGGUCACUGAAAGACAGACACAUUGAAAAUGAAAGUGAAUUGUAUGCCAUAUUUACACCAAAAGAAAACUUAAGACAGUCUCCCUGCUACAAUCUGAUCAACACCAGAAAUGAAGGCCCAAAAACUAUCAACUGUCAUGUGAUGCUUAAAGGCAUGUAUGAAAUACAGGUGGACUUGGAAAAUGACACAUUGAUUCAGCUGAGACAACGACUUUCUCUUGAAAGUGGAAUACCAUUACAUGUGCUUCACCUCAAAGACUAUGAAUGGAACAUCAGUGAACCACUGUUUAACCUUGGCAUUAAUGAGGAAACCGUGCUACAUUUCAUGUUGUCAUCAUUUCAUGAUGAUGCACCAGAUAACUCAGAAUUCUGCCAUGCUGAUAUCACACCAUCAGUGAAACAAACAGACAAAGGCCUAAGCAUUUUUUUCUCAGCCUUGUAUGCCAUUAUAAAUAAAAAUCGUGGACAAGGUUUCAAGAAAGUGAUUUCAUACAUCAGAAAAAUCAGUGGAUGCAAUGCUUUAGCCCAGAGCUUGUUUCAGACCAUUUGUCAAAAUACAACUGGUACAAAAGUCCAAAAGAUUGCCAUUGUUGAAGGACUUUACUUUCUCUUCAGAGAACUGUUACCCAGCAAUACAAAAAGAUCUGAUGGCAGGAUCAUUGAUGAUAUUGAUGUUUUUGAGUAUGCACCCGUUUGCUGGGCGUACAUAAUAUCUCAAGCAAAGAAUGAGAAUGCAACACAUGAAACCUAUGCUCCAUUUCACAUGAAGGCGCAGUCUACAAAUGAGCGCUUUUCUGAGCCUGUGCGUGUACCCGGUGUGCCUGAGGUUUUUGACAGGAUGUAUGUGCUAGAUAAAAUUAGAGAGGGGGAAAAAAUUCCUAACUGCACUGAACCGAACCUCAGAGAGACAUCAAUUAGAAGAGCCACAGAUAUUGAGAAGAUUUUGCUGAGUCUCCCGUCAUAUAUUGAAUACUUCUAUCGCUGGACUGGUCAUGAUGGUACUACAUCUGAUUCCAGCUUUAACAUCAAUCCAGAGAAAACAUUUGUCCAAAUGAAUGAAGAGUUGUUAAACUUUCCUCACUUGAUUGUAACUCCACCACUACAGCUAAAAGCUAUUGGAAUUGAAGGACCAUGCUUAGUCAUGCUCAGUCAUCAAAAACAAGGUGUAUUCAUUGUCAGAGACAAAAUGACUCCUCAAAACAUGAUUGCUUUUGAUCCUAUUACUGGAAAGAACACACACAUGAACAUGGAUGAACUGGCUAAUGUACUGAGAGAUGCCAGAGAGGACCUAACAUUCAAAGUCACUAAGCCUCCAAAGGAAGCUAUUGUGGUGCUCUUUGAUUCAAGCUCCUCCAUGGGAGAGGAAUGUUUUGACAAAGACUGCGCAAUGAAAAGAAUUGAUGCCAUCAAAGAAAUAUUUGGCAGCUUUGCAAACCGAUGCAUGGCAUAUAAUUUUGAUCAAGUAAUCUGCCUUGUAAAAUUUGACUCCAAUGUGAAAACUCUUCAUACAUUCACAGAAACAGUGGAAACCUUUAAGGAGUAUGUAAGUGGACUUCAACCAUCUGGAAGAACUUUACUGUAUGAUGCAUUAAAUCAUGGACUUCAAGAACUAAACCAAAUCAAAAAAAGAUUUCCAGAUUGCAAAGGUCGCAUCCUGUGCUUGACAGAUGGCAGUGAUGUUGGAUCCAAAUCUAAUCCAGUUCAUGUUGCAAACCAGUUGAUGACCUCAAAAACUGUUGUUGAUUCUGUGCUACUUGGUAAGGUGGAGAACAAUGUACUACAUGGGAUAAGCAAUGUUACAGGUGGUUGCUGUUUUAAGCCUGAAACAAGCAAAGCAGCCUUGCAACUCUUCGAGAUGGAAACUGUUUUGUCAAUGGAACUAAGAAAGGAAAAGAAACACUUUGAUAUAUCAUCAAUAACAAAACUGGAGGACCUUGUAACUAUUAUCAAUACCUCUGGAUAUGAUGUCAAACCAGAGGUGAAACUACCCCCACAGAUUAACAACAAAGUGACAGUUACACAGAAUGUCUUGAAAAAGAAAAUUAUGGAAUCCAAGAAUGGGCGCUUUUUGGAGAAGGACAAAAGAAUUUUGGAGGAGCUUAAGAAUCUUCACUUGGACCCCCAUCCUUUCUGUACAGUGCUGCCUUCGGAAACAGAUUUUACCUUUUGGAAGAUUCUGAUGGAAGGGCCUCCAGAUACCCCAUAUGAAAAUGGAACUUUUGAGCUGUAUUGUUCAUUUUGUUCUGAGUACCCUGUGAAACCACCACUAAUGAGGUUCUUGACCCCUGUUUACCAUUGUAAUGUGAACAGUGAGGGAAGAAUCUGUCACAACAUAUUUGACAGAAAUUACUCUGCCCACAUUACCAUGAGAGAGAUCCUGGAUGCCAUAUUUGGGCUCCUGAUUGCCCCUGAACCAGAGGAUCCUCUAGACAGCAUUUUGGCAGAAGAAUUUCAUUCCAGCAAACAAAAAUAUGAGGAAGAAGCCAGGAAAAGCACAGAAAAGCAUGCAAAUUCCUCUGUGGAUGAGUUGGAAAAGAAAUAUGUGGGUCCAGAAUUAUCCAGCACUGUCAUACCUCCUAAUUUAAGUUGUCCUCUGACAAAAAAACUGCUUAUCGAUCCAGUGAAAACAAAUGAAGGAAUGGUGUAUGAACGACGUGCUAUUGAAAAACAUCUCAAGAUAUAUAGGAGAGUUGAUCCAAUAAACAAAAAGCUUUUGCGAAGAACAGACUUAAGGCCAGACCAAAAUAUGAAAAAAGCUGUUAAGGAAUAUCGUGGACUACAGAUUCGGGAAACAACUGUUUAAGGCAUGUUUAAGGCAGUUUAUGCUUUGCAUUUAUAUUUGGCAACUUAUUAUUAUAACGUGCCAGUUCUUGUAAUAAGUGCUUGUUUAAUCAUUUCAAAACCCUCUGUUCUCCCAUGUUUUAUGAAAUUGUUUUCACUGUGUCAUGGAUAAAACAUAUUAUUUACUUUAAAUAGCAAAUCAGUAAUCCAAAAUGUUCUGAGUUGUGAUUAAAUCUGUUCAUAAAUUAGAUGUGAAAAAGUUGUAAAAAUACAUAUGUUUAGUAUCAGAAAUAACAAUAAUAAUAGUAAAACUACAUGUAGACAUUAAUGGAGAGCAAUUUUGCCUUUGUUGUAUUUGUAAAAAUUUACCAAAAAUAUGUUUUUCUUAUUUUAUCUUUUCUCUCUUAUAGAAUUGGGCCAUUUAAAAAAAAGCUUCCUUUUUAUACAUCUUCCUUUUCAAUGUUUGUUAACAUUUUGACUAUCAAAUUUAAAAUUUACAUCUCCAUCUCUGUUUUUUAAAUCUUAGUUGGAGCAUCUUUUACAACAUUAUCUUUCUAUAUUUAAUUCAAUUUUAUUCAUAUAGCACAGUUGUUCCAAAGCAGCUUUACAUAGAAAAUACAGAAAAUCAAGAAACAACAAAAUAUAUUCAGCAAUAUCGUUUAAGUAGGAGCAUGAUAGCUCUAUUUCAUCACAGCUGUGAUUAGGUCAGAGGCAUGAGGCCGCAGGUUUGAAAAAAGAAAACUAGAAAACAACAACGGAAUUAUUUUAAAAGCCUCUUUGUUUGGGAACUACUUUGUUCAGCCAUGGCUUUGAAGGCAAGAAUGACAGAUAACUCUUUCGGCUGUUUGUUUUGAAUGUAAUAAUUACUCAAACGACGGAAUAGCCAUUUCUUAAUAUUACCGUUUUAGGGUCACAUAGUGUAGUUUUAAGAUUAGUUUAGGCUAGAAUAUAUACAUGUAUAAUAUUUCAAUCUGCAGUUGAUUAGUAAAGAUAAUGCCUAUUUGAACAUUUGCUUAGAAAGAUUCAGACGUGAGAUCCAGACGCGGACAGCGGGCGUAACUGUUCACCUGCCCCGCUGACCACAGCCUGAUCCCGGACACUUAUAAUUUUCUACUGGCUUUGAUGUAUCCGUGUUUGAUGGUCAAAAUGGUUUUUUUUUGGUUGAUCAAACCGGCAGCAUUUGUUAUCUAUUGUUUCUUUUAUUCAUAUUUUGUCUUUUUUGUUGUUGUUUUGAUGGAGGUAAAAGUUAAUAAAACUAUAUACUAUUGAUUUUCCAUUUAAUCUUAACAUGGUACGAGUGCUCUCUUUUUACUGGACUUUGUUCUUGUCAGUAUUAGAUAAAAGUGUAUUAAGUGUUUUAUAUUGUAACCAGUUUUUUAUAAGUCCUUGCUUUAUAAGAUGUUUCUGCGUGCUGCUUAUAAAUAUCAGUGGUGAUAUCUCACUCGCAAACAUACGCCCCAGGUAAAGACAUUUUUUUGUUUACAUAGCUUUAUUCGCCAAGUGUAUUUUAUACGUCCACAUGAUGUGACAUUGUGCUACUCCCUCGAAAGUUUACAUCAAAGAGCUCUUAUCUUCGAAGGGAUUAGGGCAUGGGGAUAAUCACUUUCGAUUGGGAUUCAUAGAGCUAGGGAACGACACACAAACAGUGUUUAAAAACAGCGGUCGGGUUUUUACUUGUUGGCGUGAGCUAAAAGACGGAACUGGAUGGGAUGCUGAUCUGGUGAUCUUGUUGAUGGACUAGUAAGUAAAUCUCUCAUUUGUAAACUUGUUUGCGGUCUAUGUUGUAUGUUGUUGCGCUUGCUUGUAGUAUGUCAUGCGAUUAUCAUGACAACAGAUGUCAAUAUCUCACAUAAUUAUCAGGACAUAAAUAAGCCUAGAGGUUGUAAAUAGUGUAAACAUGCACAAUUUGCAAACUAUUAUGAUAAAUAGCAAUAAUCAUGUAUAGUGACAUUAUAGCGAACAAUGUUAUGAAAUAAUGCAACGUACACAGUUAACUUUGUCAUGGCUUUUUGUAAUGUUUACUUGUGAUUUAGCUGCAAUCAUGUAAAAACGUUAUAAGCUAGCAAACGCGGUACUUUAUUAUCAUAUGCACUCUAGACUUGGAAUAAACUUCUUAUUAUCCUAUUACCAUCAUCUGUAGUUUAGUAGACUUUGCAGUAGCCUAAUAUUUGUAUGAAAUUGUGAAACAUUACCUUGUCAUUAUCUUCGGAGUACUAGAGUGGGAAAUUACGACGGUUGCAAGUAUUCUCCAGCGACUCUAGGGGUCGCUGUUUGACAAAAACGCCGAAAAUGCAUAGAGCGGCUUUAAUGUUUUGAUAUUAGUAAAAUAUCACACGGCUGGGAAGGGCUCUUAGCCAAUCAGAUCUGAGAACCAGAAAGAACUGUUGUAUAAUUGAU